AUGAGUGAGGAAAAUAGUUUUUACGAUAGGUCUACGGACGACCCACACUCUAACGGUUACUCCAGAGGAUAUCACAGGGACCAAGGACGGUACAACUCCUAUAACCACAGAAACGAUUACUAUAAUAAUGACUACUACUACAACAACAACGGAAGGUCCAAUAGUGCACACCACUUUUAUGGACAGCGUUACAAUUACAACAACUACAACAACUACAACCACUCGUACAAUCGGAGAGAAUCUGAAGGGUACAGAGGUAGAUAUGGUGCCCGUUACAAACCAUACCCUCAGGAAACCGUGAGAAGUGGGAAUAGCACACCCGUUCAAGCGCAGCCAGAAGCAGUACCGGUACGAUCUAGUCCCAUCCCAAAGAGAGUUGAUAUGGCAGAAUCGUGUUUUUAUUACCUGACAGACCUGGAUAAAUCUACAGACGACCCAGUCGAGCUACAAAAAAUUCGUGAAACCUUGCGAGAAGGCGAACAGUUGGACCGUGAAUUAGAAACUCAUAAUCUAAAACUUCUUAAGACAGAGUUAGAAUUGGGUCUUUUGACUACACAAUGUGAAAGAGACGCCUUGAACGUUCAAUCAACACAGGAGAAAUUGGAUUCUUUGCUAAUGCAAACAUAA